AUGCUCAACUUGCCUCUUUUAUUCACCCUGGUUUCUACCGUUUUGCUUCUCUACCGCUACGUCAUCUACCCAGUCUUUGUCUCCCAACUCUCAAAAAUCCCCCCAGCACAUUUCACCGCUCCCGUCUCCAGCCUCUGGAUCCGCUCGAAGCGCCGAAAUGGUAAGACCGGAAUACAAUCCAUCUUUGCAGCUCACAAUAGACUUGGUCCGAUCGUGCAGUUGAGUCCCAAUGAGCUAAGCGUGGCGUCGCUCGAUGGCCUGCGCCAAAUAUAUACAGGCGCGUUUGAAAAGACGGUGUGGUAUUCUGAACUUGCGAAUCUCGGUAUUCCUAAUCUGGUGUCAAUGCUGGAGAACAAACCUCACUCGCUACAAAAACGGAUGCUUUCGCAUGUUUAUUCGAAGUCUUAUAUCCGUAGCUCUAUUGACCUACAGGAGCUGUCGCGCGUGUUGAUCGUCGAGAGAUUGCUUCCAAUACUUCAAAAGGCUGCUGAGAGCGCAGAGCCAUUCGAUGCAUAUAGUCUCAAUCAGGCACUGGGUGCGGACUUCAUGACCUCAUACCUAUUCGGUACCGGAAAUAGCACUGACUUUAUCCGCAACAUGAAGGCCCGAAAGGAGACGAUGCAAAACUUUCGGACCAAGACUCGAGGUCUUCCGGGGAAGGAGAAGGCUUCAAGAGAGCUUGACGCACUCAUCCUGUCUCUAUGUGAAAGCGCAGGAGCGAGCUCACAAAAGACAUUGUCUGGUGCUUCAUCACACCCCGUAGUGUACUCCGAACUCUCAACCCGCCUCUCAAAGUCUGGGUCUCCUUUGCCAAAUCCCAUCAACCUGGCGGUGGCAUCAGAAAUGCUCGACCACCUUGGCGCGGGAAUAGAAACGACACGCAUCACACUCACCUAUCUCCAAUGGGAGCUCUCGCGCGAUUCUGGCCUUCAGGCCCAGCUCCGGUCCGAACUCCUGACCCUCCCACCACUAUUUUCUCCCAGUUCAGAAGCAAACCUUCCCAACUAUGGAGACAUCGAUGGCUUGCCAUUUCUGGAAGCGAUCCUUAAAGAGAUAAUCCGUGUCUACCCCCCCUCACCUGCGCUCCUUCCGCGAGUAACUCCCCAAGGUGGAGCCGUCAUUGAAGGCUACACCAUUCCUGGGGGUAUAACGGUUGGGACUUCAGCACAUUGCAUGCACCGCAAUCCAUCCGUGUUCCCCUCCCCUUCAACCUUCGAUCCUUUUCGCUGGCUAGGCAAGAGUGAGGUAAAGAGGAGGGAGAUGGACAGAUGGUGGUGGGGUUUUGGAAGCGGUGGCAGGAUGUGUCUUGGGAGUCAUUUCGCUACGUAUAUGUUGAAGGUCCUUAUCGUGACGAUUUAUUCGAAUUUUCAGACAGAGAUUGUAGAUGACGAGGGGAUUGAGCAGGAAGAUAGUUUCUUGGCAGGUCCGAAGGGGGAGAAGCUUAUGCUGACGCUUCGGAAGGUCGAGGAAGUCAAGGAGUAGGAGAGACCGGACUGUAUCUUUUUUCCAUUUAGCGGAAUGAUAAAUAUAUCGAAGACGCCUAUUUCAUAUACAAAGUCAACGACGGAAGCCUUCCCUUCGCACCAAUGUUUUCGUCCCAUGCCCGUAACUCCUCUACCAUGAAUUUCCCUUAGCCCGACCUUGUAGGCACCCGAUAUGCUCCUCAAAAGAAAUGAUAACUUUACAUCGUAAUAUACACCAUUUCAAAGUCG